AUGUCGGAGAAAUACAUCAUGUCGUCGAAGGCGUGCGUCUACGUCUUGGGUGGCCAACACAACAAGGCGGCCAACACAGCCGCCUUGUUCGAUUUUGACGGCGUCUACAUUCUCGAUGGGGGAUUCGCCGAAAAAGGCCCAGGAUUCGUGGCUCACGUCAGGGACGUCUCUGCCGUGCUGCUCGCCGCGCCGACGCUUGGUAACCUCGGAACCACGUCUGCUCUGUUGGAACAGGGAAAACCGUUGCCGGUGUUCACCAACACGAAGCCGUUCAAGACUGCCAAGCCGGGAAGCAGUGGAGAGAUUGCCAAAGCAAUUCAAGAAGCGAACUCGAAGCUUCUCUCCGUUGCAUCGCCACUGUUCAACCCGAAAUAUCCGGCGUAUAUUCUGGCUGGAGACGUCAAAGACUCCGAUGUGAUCACAAAGGCGUUGGCAGGAGGAAACGAGGCAGAAGUGGGGAAGGCGGCCGCUGAGAAUGGAACCAUCGCCGUCCUGCUCUGGAGGCCUGCGAUGACGGAUCAAUCGGCGGUCAGAGUGCUUUUUUCGGGGACGAGCUCACUUGCGAGGAUCCAACAAUCGCUCGACAAGGCAGCGAAAUCACUUCCAUUCCUCAACGCGCCCACCGUGAAGUCGAAGGAUGCGUUGUUGGAUAUUCCUGCUCCUGCCGUUCCACGACCUGUUGCCGGAAAACCAUCUACUAGAUCUGCAUCUACAACCGGCGCCGCAAGAACUCGUCCAGCAGUCCCUGCAGUCAGUGCCCCCAGAGCGUUGACUUCUUGUGCUCCAGCAGGCCCAGCUUGUCAGACGACUACAUGAAGUGCAGCUCCUGCUACCAGAACAGCCGUUCCACCGAGAGCAACUGCACCACCGAUGGCCGCUUCAGCAUCGAAGGCUCCGACUAGAGCUCCAAUUCCAGCGAGAUCUGCACCAGCGCCACCAAGAGGAGCCCCUGCGAAGGCAGCCAAGGCCGAGCCUAUCGCUCAGAAGAAAGUCGCUGGGAAAGUUCAAAGAGCCGCUCCAUCGAAGCCUGCUUCGGCGGUCUCAGCUCUAAAAGCUACAGCUCCAGCUUCGACACCAUCGGCUCCAGCUACAGCUCCAGAAGCUUCUCGAAGGGAUCCGAACGACGUCGCCAUCGUUCUCGACGACUCGCUGUUUCCAGAAGAUUUCAACCAAGGAUCGGCUCCAAUGGAUAUUGUCGUGAUUCCACCAACACCGGAACCACCACGUCUUGAGGUGGCUCGAGCCACGCAUCCAAAGGAACCGAUAGUUGACGCCGAGGACUUGGCGAAGGCUCCACAGGAAGUCGAUGAUCUGGCUGACGUCGAAGACGAAAUUCCGCCACCAGUUGACGCGUUCAAGAAGCCAGAGCCACGUCCAGAGACGAAUGUUGCUGGCGGUUCCGGGGAAGACAGGAUCCCAGAGCCAGUCGAUGCUUUCAAGAAGCCGGAUCCAGUCGAGCUGGACGAUUUCGAUCCACUGAAGCCAUCACACCCCGACCCAUCUGCACCAGUUGUGCCAAGUGGUCAUUUGAUCAUCGCUACUCCUGAUCCAGAGCUCCCGAACAUUGUUGCUGCUGUUCCAUUCAUUCCUCCAUCACCAAAGAGACCAAAUGAUGGUCUUGUGAAGUUGGAUGAUGAACUGGAGAAGAUUGCUUCUGGGUUUGAGGAACCACUGAUCCCACAAGCUCCACGUGACGAUGGCACUCUUGCCGAAUUCAAUGAAGAUGUGUCCAAAUUAGAUGCAAAAAUUCAGAAUCAUGCUCUCGAACUUCAGAAUCUGGCUCUCAAACUUCAGAAUCUGGCUCUCGAGACGGAUGAGUAUCAACGAAAGCUGCACUCCAAUGUGAUUGAGAAUGGAGCUGCUGUAAAGUACGAGAAGACUGAUCCAGCAUUGGAUGCUGUGCUCAAUGCAUGUGCACAGGAGAGUGAACAGAUCGAUGCCUCUCAUCCAGAAAAUCUCCACAUGCCAGCUGCUCCAGGAUCCGUCGCUUCAGCGAAGCCAGUCAAAUUCGCGCGUCCAUACUAUUUCGACGUGGUCACAGUGCCAAGGAACGAGAAAUUGGAGACCUCCGUUGAAGCAGACGGUCUGCAAGAGUUCAUCUCAAAGGUGCGCUCGAGAAAUGUGAUCCUCGCGUCGAAGGAAAUCUCCGGAGAGCAGCUGCAGUCGAUUCUCAGAGGAAAGCAAACAUGCUCAUCCAUGCAACGUGAUCCCAACACAUUCCUCUCCGAUGCUGCACGAUUUCCGCCAGAAGAACGAGGAGCAGUUCGCCGCGAAUCAUCUGCAGUUUUCAAUGCCCGUGGAGAAGCAGCGGACGACAGUGAGCUCGGACGCCGGAGUCGUUGA